AUGGAUUUUUACUCCUGGAACAUCGUCCUUACCACGUCUUUUGGAAUACUAGCGACAUUGAUCGUUAUUGGAAAUACCCUCACCAUCUGGAUAUUCUUCAAACAGAGACGUCGUAAACGCGCUUAUUAUCUUCUCAUCAGCUUGGCUGUUGCUGAUUUACUGGUGGGAGUUAUCACUGUCCCACUUUAUAUAACUCUAAUGGUAACAAAUCAUUGGCUUGUUAUUUACACUGGGACUGACGUUCUUACGGGUAUAGCGUCCAUUUAUACGAUUGCCGCGAUUUCCUUGGAGAGAAUGUACGCCAUCGGUUGGCCUCUUCGUCACAGGACUGCAAGCUUUCGUUUUCAUGUGUGUGCCAUCACCAUACCGUGGAUCGCUGCGGGAAUACUCACAUUUUUAGUGGUGGCUCGAUUCUUUUUUAUCACAGAGCAGCAGAUCUAUCGUUACCUAUUGACUUUUUAUCUAGGGACCCCUCUUUUGGUCAUUUGCGUAGCAAACUUUGUUAUUUGGAGAAAGCAAAAAUCUCCUUUCGAGAAUAAUAAUCAUAUAAAUAUAGAAGUCAAGUUAACAAAAACAUUAUUGUUGAUAACAGGAGCUUCUCUUUUUACUUGGCUUCCAUUUCAAAUUGUAAAUUUCUUGUUUGAAUUGGACGUCCACAUAGUUAUUUCCCCUAACGUUUGGUUCAUGACAAGAUUUAUAAUCAAGUUUUUACAAUUUAGCAAUUCUCUCGUAAACGCAAUAAUUUAUGCGUUCAGAAUUCCAGAAUUUAAGAAUGCUCUCCUGAAGACCUUUCGCUGCUGUUAA